AGUAACCAACUUCUCUCUACCAGUCACAUACACAAGUUUUAAGAGAUUCAUUGUUAUAAGUUCUUGGCGACUGAUAAAGCGACAACUGGUUCACAACCGCUCCCGGGCCUGUCAAGCAUUUUGAGGCCCCAGCUUGCUAUCUUACACGACUUACCAACACUGUACUGGAUGCUUAUCAAUCCGCGCGGUGACGCAUUACAAAAGUAGUCAAGGUGUUCAUCGAAUGCCAUUAGUUCCAUCCAUCUCUAUGGCCAUGCGCAACGCCGUGGCCCUGGCCGUCCUGUCGCUGCUGCUAUGGGGCGCGUCGGCAAAGGCGAGUCAAGCACCGCCGCCGUCGCCAUUGUCGUCCUCGCCUCCAGGGCUACCCACGGCCGUGGUCGCGUCUCCUCCCAGCCCGGCACCUUCGCACCCAUCACCUCCGCAGCAGCCCGCUCCCUCCCCACCAUCGUCCUCCCCUCCCUCCCCGCCGCAGCCCAAACUCCCCUCCCCAACGAGUCCACUGGCGCCCUCGCCGCUUCCUCCCAGCCCUGCCACUCCCACACCACCGUCGCCGCUUCCUCCCAACCCGGCGCCCCCAGCCCCAAGCCUCAGGCCUCCCUCGCCGGCGCCACCCAGCCCCCAGCCACCGUCACCGGCCCCGUCCACCCCUGCACCCAGCCCGAUGCCACCGGGCCCUUCGCCGCCACUUCCUCCCGGCCCUCCCACUCCCACACCACCGUCGCCUGUGCCCCCCAGCCCGGCGCCCCCAGCCCCCAGUCCCCGCCCGCCCUCGCCGGCACCUCCCAGCCCGGCGCCCCCAGUGCCGGCCGCAACAUCCCCAUCUCCACCUAGCCCCCGGCCACCAUCACCGGCCCCGUUCAUCCUUGCACCCAGCCCACUGCCGUCCGCGCCUCCGCUGCCACAGCCGCCACAGCCUCCAAGCCCGCUCCCGCCAUCACCAGCCCCGUCCAUCCUUGCACCCAGCCCGCUGCCUCCGGGCCCUUCACCGCCACAGCCUCCGUCACCGCGGCCGCCUCAGCCUGGGCCACCCGUGCCCUUCUCCCCAUCACCGCCGCUACCCCCGCCGCCGCAGCCACCUCCUUCGCCGCCAACGCCUCCCUCGCCGCAGCCGCCCCGCCAGUCACCGCCGUCUCCGCAGCCGCCGUCCCCACAUCCUCCAUCCCCGGCACCGCCAUCGCCUCCCUCGCCACCAUCCCCACCUCCCCCCUCGCCGGCACCGCCCUCCCCGGCCCCUCCCGCACCGGCCCCUCCCUCACCGGCUCCUCACUCACCGACUCCUCCCCUCCCGCCGCCACCAUCGCCGUCGCUGCCUCCCUUUCCUCCUGGCCCUUCGCCGCCUUCGCCGCCGCCCCCGCCGCGGCCGCCGCCGCUACCGCCCUACCCACCCGAAGAGCUCAACGUGCUGCCCAGCGGCCCCUUCCCCUGCGCCUGGGCCGAGCUAGGUGGCGAGGACACACGCGUGCGGCGCUUCCUGUUCCCGCCCUCCCCCGACCCCAGUCUCGCAAACAUCCCCGGCCUGCAGUACAGCGUCGAGGCCGCGGGCGCCCAGCCGUCCACACCCGUGGCCGUGUGCGCCACUGCCGCCGCCUGCGCCACACCCCAGGCCGCCGCGGCGGCAGCAAGCAGCGGGGCGGCGCUGAUCCUGCCCUCUCCCGCCCCCAUCACCUCAUCAGCCCUGCCCCCCCUGGCCAACGGCACGCGGGCCCUGGUGGCGGCGGCAGACCACCCAGACGGCGUGUACGCACUCGCGGCCUCGGACGGCGCUGGCAACGCUUACUCAGUGGACAUGUGCACCCGUGUGCCGGCCGACACACGCUGCCCUGACUUCUUCGGGGUCAUGUCUGUGAUGCGCCCCGCAACCGCGCUGCCAGCCGCCGCCAACACCUCCGCAGGCGCACCCUACGGCGCCGUACGCAGCCCGGUGACCUGGACCGCCGCCGCCGCCCAAGCCGCCGCCGCCGCCGCCGACUCGCCCCUCGCUGUGCUGACGUCGGCUUGCACGCCCCCGCCCGGCGUGGACGCCUCCCGCAAGCUGGUCUACUCGUGGGGCUGGGACUUUUCCGGCCUGCCGCCCAGCCUCGCCGCCUCAGGCUUCGUGGCGGUGUACCGGCGCUACCCGCUCACACGCAUGGCGCCCGGCAGCUACAACGUGCAGAUGCUCAAGCCCGCGGCGGUGCGGCUGGCGGUGAUUGUGCGGGUGCUGGACGCGAACCCGGACGUGGCAGGCACGCCGCUGGGAGUGCGCGAGGUGGUGACUGUGGGCGACAGUCCCAGCUUUGUGGUGCCCGGCGGCAACGUCACGGACCUGACGUUUGUGUUUGUGGUGCCGCCUGUGGCUCAGCUAGACAAUGUGGCCGCCAUGAGUGCGGCGAUCAGUAUGGCCUGGCGCCCCGCACCGCCGUCGCCGCCGCCAGCGCCACCUUUGCCGCCGUCGCCUGCGCCGCCCUCACCCCAGCCGCCGUCGCCCGAGCCUCCCAGCCCCUCGCCGCCGCCGCCGUCGCCACCACCCCUGCCACCGACGCCGCCGCUCCCGCCGUCGCCGCCGCCGUCGCCGCCGCAGCCUCCGUCUCCGCCACCUGAGCCCCCGGCGCCGCCUUCGCCGCCCCCCGGCAACGUCCAGCGCGGGCAGGAGGGGGCUGCCACCUGCCGGGGCGGCGGGGCUCCCGGCUGGGGGCUGUCGCUGAUGCUGCUGCUGGCGGCGGCGGUGGCAUCAUGGGCGCUGGCAGGGUUGUAGCGGACUUAGAAAUGCUCUGGCCAUUAGCCGGUAGUGACGUUAGUUUUAGUGACAGGCCAAUGGGAGUGCGAUGGGAUAGGUAUGGGUCAGGGACAGGUUGCUUGGCGUAGGCUUUCUGGAUUGUGCCGCGUAUUCCCAGACCCCAACAUCCACUUUGCGACGUCAAGUAAGGCAAGAGCGCGCGGCUAGUGAAACGCAGGAGCUGCUAUACCGAGACAUUGCUGACUUGCUGGCAGGCUGGUAGUAAAAGGCCUUGGGGAUCUAGUAGGCUUCUAUGCUGAAUGAAGCAGGGGAGGGCUGAAGUGGUCACUGAGGUAGUGAGGCGCCUUGACUGGCAGGGUAGUGAGAAGGUAGACAGAAGCAGGAUGUGUCGUAAAGCCGGGUUUUGGGGUGGACGCGCAGGGGUGGCAUUGAGGGCUGCUGCCGAGCAGAACUGACAAGCUAGGUCGGCAUGAUGGGCGCAUGGCGCGCCCGGCACACACUAGAUCCAGCGAUGCCGACUGAACUUUGAUUCACAACCUUGCACUAAGCCACAUUGUUCUGUAAGAGUACUUCGUAGCAGCAAGCCUUUGUCGUAGCCCCGCCAAGUGGGUUGGCUGCGACAGCUUGAGGCUGUAAUGAUGGCUUCGC